CAGACAACUCUUUUCGCCAAUCAAAUGUAAGUGAUUAGUGAGCCUAGGCGGGAUUUACCAGCAUUUGUUAUGGAAGAUGUCAUUCGCGAGAGCUAUGAUAACUGCGUCAAAGUCAAGAGUAUUGAGCCUUGUUAGGGCGUCCGCGCUCGUGAACAACCUUCACGUGAUCCGACAGUCAAACCGUCGUCUGCCAAGCCCACAGCCCCUUUACUCAGCGGGAGUCCUGCGCUUCAGCAGCGCCUCAGCCCAGGAGCAGCCAGCCAGCCAGUCAGAAGAUAAAGUCUACCUCACUGAGUCAUGUGUGAAGAGACUAGGGGAGAUCAUGGAGAAAGGAGAGUAUCUGAGAAUACACGUGGAGGGAGGAGGUUGCUCUGGGUUCCAGUACAAGUUUUCUGUUGAGAAAACCAAAAACGAAGAUGACAGAGUGUUUGAGCAGGGAGGAGUAGGAGUUCUCGUGGACCAAGACAGCCUUGAGUUUGUGAAAGGAGCCACAGUGGACUUUAGCCAGGAGCUGAUCCGCUCGACCUUCCAGGUGCUGAAAAACCCCCAGGCUGAUCAUGGUUGCUCCUGUGGCAGCUCCUUCUCUGUCAAACUAUGACUGCACAGAGCACUACAGGACUAGCCACUGUGCAUGAUAAACUGGUAAAUCAUCAUUAUGCAUGAGUAUGAAUUACGUCCCCAUUUCAGUUGUAAUAACUUCCUGUUGUGGUAGUGACACUUUUGGAAAUAUUGCAGAACAUUAUUUAGUUUUAACUGGGUGGAAAGAAUAAUGAAGAACUGAAUGAUGGCAGGUAAAUUGAUUAUUUUCUUGCUCCUGUGAAGUUAAUAACAAUCAACAGUGCUAAUCAACAUCUUUACAGUGUUUGUUUGUAAUUUGUCAUGGAUUCAAAAUAAAAAAGGCAUAGAGGACAAGAACGCUUACACAAUUGGGAUUGGUGUUCAGUGCAGUGACUACAUUUGCCUUUGUAUGUAAAAUAUGUACAUAGUGUAUCUAUAAAUAGUUAAAUAUAUAUGUGGUUGUUUCAUCACAAAUAAAAUUAAGUGAAUGAGA